UGUGGGAUGGCUUUUGAGCUCAGCAACAAGUUCGUUCCUGCCUGCGGUGGAGCACAGUGGCUGUCCAGCAGUUCUCAAGAGAGGACCUCAUUCGGAGAUCACAAGGUGCGCCAGGCGUCGCAUUUUCAACACUGCAGGGUGGGAAGGAAGCAACCUGGCUUGAAUCUCGACACCUCCUGUUCCCGAGGAUGGCAUCUCACGUUGGAGUUACAAUCUUCUUUUUCUCAACCUGGAUUGCAAGCAUCACAACCCAGCACAAUUUUCCUUUGGAAGGUAUGUUUUUAGUAUGUUGCUUGUACUGUUUUUUUCUGAAGUGUUUUGUAGCACUGUAAGGACAAGGUAAUCAAAUCCAGCACACUAUUCUCAGCAAGAUUAUUCACAGCUCUGCAAAUUAAUCCCGGAUUGCGGUAAAAUGAAACACAGAGCAGGAGGAUACCUAAACAAUAAGGGGUGCUUCCAGACUGCCACUGUUUUGGGGUGGGAUUCAGACACAUAGCGGCAAAUUUGGCUGGCACCAUUAAAGUUGACUUUAUGCUCUCACACAACUUGUUUCUGGCCCCCAAAGUUUGGACUCUUUGCAAUAAAGAUGCACUGGAAUGGAUGGAAUAACACUUGCUUGGCCCAACAUUGUAUAACCUCCCUGCAAACAAAUCAAAAUGAAUUCUCAAUAAAUAGCCAACGUCACCUAACCGCCCUAUAAACUUUAUGCAAACAAAUCAGGAUACUCAAUAAACAGGCUGUCUGGAAGCAGCCAAGAACUCUUAAGUGUCUCCAGUUAAAGAUGCAACUAGAACGUUAAUAAAUUAUUCAAAAAUGAAAUCCUGAAUCAGGUGUUACAAGUAAUGCAGCAGUUACCUUAGCUGCAGAACUAGAUAUUUUUCUUUCUUUCUUUUUUUUAGUUUUAUUUUUUUGCUUGGAUUUGUUCCUCCCUUCCCUCUUAUUAUCUUCAAAAUGUGUUUAUCAACCAAACCACAAAAAAACAAGGUUUUGAAUCUACUGAGCAGUUCAAAAGUUUUUGCUGGUUGUUAGUUUAAUGACUUUUAAAAUGAUUUAAAGUUGCUCUGCUGAGUGCUAGCCAGCCACCUGUUUUUAGCCAGUAAGUUCACAGCCCAGGUUAUAGUUGCCAUAGAGCACAGUCCAGCACUCUAUCCAUGCUAAAAAAAAUUCCAGUCGCCACAAGCUUAAUAUAAUUUUCCCUUUUCCUUUACUUGUUCCCAUCGUUUCAGAUAGAAUCCCUUCCCUUCCUCCUUUUCCUUCCUUGCAAGUUCAGCCACACCCAUUUCCACUUCAAGUCCUGAGAGAGAACAGCCAAGCCGCUGGAAUGACUAAUAUAGCUUUAUAAUGUGAUCAAACUCUCCAGUUCUAUCUGUCACUGCACAAGAAAUCAUACAGAGCUCUUUCAAUUAAGUUAAUUUUCCUGUUUCAAGUAAACUUCCUAAUCUUAGGAAACUUAGGUUAUGAGUAAAGCACUUAAUAAAAAAAGAUAGCAAAGUCAUGUUGCUAUUUGAAGCAGAAACUCCAAAAGAUGCCAUGGAAUUAAAUUUGUUUUAAAUACCGGUAAUCUUAUGCCCUCUAAUAUGUACUGUCCCUUCCUGCCUAAUGGUAGUGUUGGCACUGAAACACCACAAAUAUUUGCAUGCACCGAGAGCACUCAGCUUGGUAAGAAAAAUUGGUCCUUGGGGAGUAGAGUAUUGUUUGAGGCAAAUUGAUGACUAAAGAGGAAAGAGGAGUCAAGAUUCAGAUACACAAUGCUUAUUUUUAAACCCUGUUCCCUUAUUUUAAAAGAAAGUAUGUCUCCUAUUCCCAAGGCUGACUGUUCUGCAGAAUACUGCAGAUAUUCCUUCCCUCCAAAUCUGAUAGACUCUUAUCAUCUUGACUGUACCUCAUUUGUCAAAUGUUCUUUUUGAACAACAAGUGACUUUGAAUUCUAGUACAGUGGUACCUCGGGUUACAUAUGCUUUAGGUUACAGACGCUUCAGGUUACAGACUCCGCUAACCCAGAAAUAGUACCUCGGGUUAAGAACUUUGCUUCAGGAUGAGAACAGAAACCGUACGCCGGCGGCGUGGCAGCAACAGGAGGCCCCAUUAGCUAAAGUGAUGCUUCAGGUUAAGAACAGUUUCAGGUUAAGAACGGACCUCCAGAACGAAAUAAGUUCUUAACCUGAGGUACCACUGUAUUAUGAAAGGGAAAAACAGUUUUCAAUCCAUUUUCUUCAUGCUAUUCAUAAUUUAAUGCACCUCUAUAAUGUCCCUGCUUACUCAAAUUUUCUCUUGGUUAAAAAGUCCCCCAUAUGGUAGCCUAUACUCAUAAACUUCCUCAGGCUUUUCUCAAGACUCCAAGGUCUUGUUCCCAGCAGUGGCAGCCUUUGAGCUCUCAAAUUUCAGCAGCACCCUGUACGACGACACUAAAAUCAAGCACCCACACACCCAUCUCUUGCGCUCUACAGCAUUGCUGAGGCACCCCUGCACCGUGGCGCCCAAACCAGUCCUGCUCCCCUAAAACUGCCUCUGUUCCUGGUCAAUCACUGUCAGUUCAGAUCCUGUAAGUGUAUAUAUUAAAUUAAGACUUUUUGCCCUGAUGCGCAUCACUUUACAUUUGCUUACAUUGAAUGACAUUUGCCAUUUUACUGUUCCUUCACCCUGCUUAAGACGAUUUGCAAUCCUGUUUUGUUUUAACCACUCUGAACCAUUUUGUAUCACCAGCAAACUUGGUAACUUCGCUGCUCACCCCUAACUCUAGAUCAUUUAUGAACACAUUUAAAAGCACAUGUUCCCAAACCAAUCCUUGGAUAUCAAGGUGGUCCCAGGCUGUGUACAUUAUUCUUUUUACAUUCCAUUGUACCCUCACAACAAUUCUUUAAGAGAGUGACUAGGCUGAGGGAGAGUUCAAACCCAGCUCUCCCUGAUCCUUACUAACCAAAGUUAUUUUUAGUUAAAGAAUAUCGGUUAUUGGGAAUAGGCAUGACCCUGGAUUGGAAUGCUGGAGCGACUCAGCUAGUUGGUGUAAUUAUACUUGACUUUAUGUAAAGUAGCUCUUAUAAUUUUUCCACUCUUCAAAGUACAUGAAAUUAAAGAUCAAAUUUCUAUAAGUAAUCAUUUGAUGUAUUUCUUCUCUAUUUGCAGAUGUUAAGACUCUCCAGUGCAGGAUUUCUGGAAUAACUCUUGCUUCACAUGUUAACAAUAAAGGUGUAUUUAAUUUUGUCACUGCACGACAAAUAUGCCAGCAGCUGGGGUUACAGUUGGCAUAUAAAUCUCAGGUUGAAGAGGCUCGGAAGCAUGGCUUUGAAACCUGCAGGUACAGAAAAUCUUUCAACAUUUAAAAUAUUUUAUUGUAGGUUGGCAAAUAGACAUCUCUUUGUAGAUACAAUAUUUUAAAAAAUAUUAUUAUAAAUGAAUCUAAAGCAUGAAAUAAUUAAAUAUCUACACCUUAUUCUGACUUUUCUUACAUUAACAUUCUGUGAUUAAGGCUGCAAUCCUAACCUCAUUUACCUGGGAGUAAGCCUCAUUGAAUUCAAUAGGACUUACAUUGAGUUAGGAUUGUGCUGUGACUGUCUCUGUUCAUUUCCUUCACAGAAGGGAUUUCAAAUAUUUAAGUCUAAGUCCAUAGAGUAACAUCCAACAUUAGUCGUACUCAGAGUAGACCAACUGAAAAAUUGACAGGAUCCUGCUAUCCCAUAUCACAAACUCCUUUUGAAACGUCCCCAAGUUUCCAAAGAGACGGGCUAUGUGACAGGAAGAGUUGCUGUUCAAUACUUGUAAGCCCCAAAGCCUCCUUAGGGUCACAAAACUGUUUGUGUGGAUCCUUAGAUCUCAGAAAUAGUUGACAUCUUUGCACAUUUUUAUAACAUGUCUUUCAUUCUGUUUACACUCUUGUUUUACAUUACUUACCAUGUAACAUCCUGACUGUGACAUUAUACAGCUUUUCAUUUCCUCCUCUUGCCAAUUUUAUUAAGUCUGAAUCUUAAACACAGUUAUUAGGAAGUCAGCCCCACUGAACACAAUGGGACUUGCUUCUAAACAGAUGUGUAUAGGGUUUCAAUGUGCAGAAAUCGCUAAAGUCAGGGCUGGCCCAAGACGUUUUGACACUUGCGGUGAAGCACAAAAUGGUUCCUCCCCCCACCAGAGAAGAAGUGGUGUGUGAAGAUCUACAUCGGGAAUGGGGGCAGGAUAAAUAUAUGCAUCGGAACAUGGGUGUGAGGAGCUCCUCCCUAUGCCAAGAGGUUGCUGCAUGAGGGAAUGCUGAGAAGGCAGCAGAUCCAGUCUUCAAGGCGCAUGCCACAGCUAUCACUGCUACUGUGGCAGCGGGCAUUGCAUUCUUUGGAGGUUGCAUUUGCUACUCCUAUGGAUCCCGCUGCCCAAAUUGGUCACCUCAUCUUGCCUCCUAGGUGGGCUGCCCUAAAUAAAGUUUUUUUAAAAAAAAAAAAACAACCAAGAAGAAAACUUUCUGUGUCCUUGAGAUAGUGUAGUCGUGUGUGACAGACACUUGCUAUUGUUGGAUGAGUUGUUUGAUUAUGCUGAAGAACCACAUCAAAUACAUAUUCAGCAAGAAGUUGGUAUUAAAUUUAUACAUGCUUAUUUGCAAGUAAGCCAAAUUGCACAGUGAUGCAGUCCAGACCCAUUCAUAGGCAUUUCAUCCCCCUAUUUAAACAUAUGACAAUUUCAUGUGUUAGACUACAAAUGGCAAAUCUUGGAACCUGGAUUGCAAAUCCAUAAAGUUGUCAACAGUAGAAAAUAUUGCCUAUCUUUUUAAAGAUAAACCUGUGAGAGAACUUUUCUACAGCGUUAUUUGCUUUUCCUUUCUUCUAUAAAAGCUCCAUGUUGCAGAGUAGGUUGUUUCUAAGGGAGAAACAAAACUUGGGCCUCACACAAUUAAUCUAUCUAUCUAUCUAUCUAUCAAUCAAUCAAUCAAUCAAUCAGUAAGCAAGCUAUUCAAUGGCCCACAGUGACCAGAAUAAACGUUCAGUUUAGCUUUUAUAUGCUAAAUUUUAUCAAGUACAUUCUUUGAUAUGGGCAUACGCUUAACAGAAAAACAAUGUUUUCCGUUGUAGUUUUGGCUGGAUACAAGAAGGGUAUGUUGUCAUUUCCCGGAUAACUCCCAAUGAAAAAUGUGGUAGGAAUAACACUGGAAUAGUCGUCUGGAGAACCAAACAUGACUAUCGAGCCCAUGCUUACUGUUACAAUUCUUCAGGUGAGUGAGCCAAGAUAAUGAAUCAAGCAAUAAUAUUUUGUAUCAAAUCUCUUUCUUAAGCGGAUGUAGCGACAUUUCGUGUGAAGGCUAUCCAGUUGCCAUGAGAUCAUGGCCAGCCUGCGCCACCCACCCCACAACUUAAUUUUUCCACCAUCUCUGUUUACCCUGACUCUUGGAUAAAAGGAACUACAAGUUUCACAUAAACUUUCAACCUGAGAGAGGAAACUAUCCGCUAACUUCUCUGUGUCCCCUUGGUCAAAGUGUAUGGUAUGAAAGGGCAGUGAAGCAGGCAGGGCGGAGAAUCAUUGGGUGUGUCAUGGUAUGUUGUUGUCAAGGUUUCAGAUCAAGCUUUGUUACAGUGGACUCUCCUUUCUUUCAGGUUUUAAAGUGGAGGUUGGAUGGCUAUUAGCCAGAGAUUAUUUAGCUGCAAUUCCUGCAUUGCAAAGGGUUGGAUUAGAUGACCCCAUGGGAUCCCUUCAAUUCUAUGAUUCUAAGAUUCUAUGAAUUAGGGAUGGGAUGGAAAUAUAAGGAAUGAAGGGGAGAGCAUAUAGGCAAAAUUAAAAAGAAACAUUUUUCUCUCUAAAUUCUAAAAGUUCCCCAAGUUAUUUCCUCAUAAACCUCUUGAAAAUUACUGAUGGUGUACCAAUUGCAAUACACUCUGCUAGAUGGUGCAUGAUUUUUAAUUGUAUUUUAUUGCUUCUUUUAUUUCUUGUAUGACAAUUUACAUUCCAUACAAUUCAAAUUGUGAUAGAAAAAGAUACCCUACUGGUUGAUACUGGAUCAGAGUGUCUCUGUCCUUCACAUCAUGAUGAUGAUGAUGAUGAUGAUGAUGAUGAUGAUGUUGAUAAAAUUUCUGUACUGCGCUUCAUCCUAGGAUAACAGUGCAUCUUACAAUAUAAAAACACAAAAAUACUACCUAAUAAUGAGUGUGUGAAUCUCUAACAGUCUUGGUGUAAAAUGUACUUGGAUAAAUUUGUGUCCUCUCUGUGACUUUUGGCAUCACUUAAAGACUCUGGUGAUAAAAGUAAUAUUACUCUGUCAUUCAGCAUCCUAUUCAGUCAAUGAAAAUGCGUCAUCAAGCUUCCACCAGGGACUCAUAUGAAGAACCGUAAAGAGGUCAUUUCCUUCUAUUAUAUUAAAAUGUACUCAGAAUGACCAUUGGUGUCAUAAUAGCUUUCAAACUGUGUAAAUUAUAUAAACGACCUUCAGAAUAAGGGAUUAGUUAUUCCUCAGGAUCACAUUGGCAGCUCAAUUCUCUUGCUGCAUUUAAUAUAUCAAAGCACCUACAGGCUACAGGCGCACACAAAACAUGCCUUUAAAAUGUGGUUUUAAGUACCACUGCAAUGUAGUGGGUUGGGUAACUUUCUGAACCAAUGUUUUUCCUGGCCUAAGGGCCAAACUAGAUGAGAUGUUAAUUUUGUGAAAGCAAUGAGUAAGUAUGUCGUUUCAUUUAAAUAACCACUAUUAGGAUCAGAUGUGCAGGAAUUUAAUGCUUUCGACUCCCAUUAUGCUCCCAAUUUUCCUGUUGUGAGCAGGAGAAAGAGCACACAGCAAAACAUUUUUUUUCUAAUGGAUAUUCAACCUUCCCUGUUGUUAACUGUCAUACUGCUGCUGACACCUCCUUCUUGUUUCUCAGGGAUCCCACUUACGCUGACAGUGCAGUUCCCAUCCAGCUUAGCUAUUAGAGGCACUAGGGUGAGGAUGAUGAAGUGUACUUUAAACAAACAAACAAACAAACAAACAAACAAAAAGAAAUAGAAAUUACCACCUGAUUUAUGAUGGUUGUAGCAAGGAGGAAAGCGUUCACUGCAAUUCAGUAUGAAAAGUCAUUUCAGCUGCAUGCAAAAUGCUAGUGUCAAUACAUCUCAUUGCACCGCUUUCCCUCAUCUUUUCAGACACAUGGAUUAAUUCCUGCAUACCAGAAGAAAGUACAACUGCAUCCCUGGACGUUACUAUGGAGGCAAACUCUACUUCUGCAGUCUUGCCUCAGGACACUUCAGCAGUAGUUCAAACAUCUGAGUCACAGAAAACUAAAGAGCCUUCAAAGCUGCUAUAUCGUAUUAUAUGUGUAACGCAGACCAUUUCACCAACAGCACCAACUACGGAGGAUGUGAUCCUACAUCUCACGGCAAAACAAACUGCCUUUAGAAAUGAUUCUCUGUUUGGAGGUAAGAGCAACAUCCCAUUAUUUAGCUUAGAGAAUUAUAUGUAUGGCUGUUUUCAUACUUUCCCCAUGCCUUCUGGUCUUUUCCAGUGGUAUAACAAAACAUCAGUAGAUGUGUUAAUGCAAAUAAAAGGAAAGCUAGGGCUUCAUCUGAGGUUUAAAAAAUCCAUAUUGAGUGGAGGUAAGGGAAAGGUGACAUUUUGAAGCAAGAAGCUGUAAAGAAUGUAAACUAAACCAGACCUGCAGGAGUGAAGGGGAUUCUUCAUUUCUGAUGUAUUUUAAGAAUUAUUUAUUUUUGGCCUAGCCUAGAUCUAUUUCAGAAGACUCUUAUUUUAAUAUUACAUCCCUUGGAAAAAAAACAACUGACACCUCGCAUUAGUAUGGCUGAGGAAGCCCCUGGUUUGAAUCUUGCCUUCAUCAUGAACCCACUAAGGUUGUGUUCCCACUUUCAUUUACUGUGCACUCACUGCCUUUCCACAUGACAUUAUCCAAAAUGCAAAUGAAUCCUGUUGUUAUAAAACAGUACUGUCUGAGGAUUUGUUUCUCAAACCAGCUUCACACCAAUGGGAAUCUUACCUUCAUACAGACUUGGAAUAUGCACAAUCCAGUCAUGGCAAAGAGGCAAAAUGUUUAGAAACGCUAAAUAGCUGUGCCUAGAACAACAACAAAUCGACCAAGGGGUGGCUACCCAGGAUUUUUAUGUUUAGUGGUGCCUAGGACCUAGGGCAGGAUGUAAGUGGUGUUGAACUGAUUGGAAACAGUGGCCACAGUGGCCUCAAAUUCACCAUAUAUGUAGGUCGGCUAUUGCCAGGAAAGUCCAAGAAAGUUGCAUUUGACUUCAAAAGAGUAAACUUCCCAAAAAUUAGAUUAGGGAAAAGGUAGAUGAGAGAAAGUGAAGAAUGCUUGCGGGUUGUUCAAAGCCACAGAUCAGGAAAGGUAAAGUCUUAAGUGCAGGCAAAAGUGCCACCUACUCCAGAGGAUUGAGGGGACCCAACGUGACGUUCUGAUAUCACAUGCCUGAAGUCAUGUGACAUCAGGACACCGUACACAGGGCCUUCUAAACAUUGAGGGGGCCUGGCCCCCUAAAAAAAUAUAUUGAAGGGCCCUUGAGUGAGCCGGCGCCCUUAAGUCAAGGGUCUCUUGUUGGAAGUAAUCUUGUCAUAGGCCUAGUGCUGGCAAUGAGUGGAAUUAAAACAAGCAAUGGGUGAGGACAGAGUCCAAGAUAGGUGAGUACCACCUUUUCUCUCUUUCCACCACCCAUUCCCCCAUCCUUGAUAUCUGCAUGAAAUGUGGUUGAGGGCUAUAACUUGCCCCCUCCCCCAGGUUUGGGUGGGUUUCUGCUGCUUACUUGUUUGUGGGAGAUGUGCUAAUUUUGAGAUAUAAGAGAGUUCUUCUUCCCACGUAUCCAAAAGGACAUGACAGACAGUUGCUGCUCAUCGUGGCUGCUGAUGACACGACAAAGUAGUUAUGUCAAAGAAUUCUUAGUCAAUCUCAUUUCAGUCCAGGGAUACUGAGCUAUAGAAGUGGUUUCAAAGUCUUUUUUUAUGGAAAUGUCCUGCCAGGGUGGCCAGAAAGAAAAGCAGACCACACUCCCGCACCUUUAAUAGUUGAUUAGAAGAGGGAUCUUCAGCUAAUCCUACUGUUGUGCAACCUAUGGUGGCUAAAAAUUCCCUAUUCUACUAAUUAUUAAAGGUUCGUGAGCCCUGUCCUCUUUUGCAUCUGGCCAUCAUAAUUUCUGCUAAUGGAAUUUGCCAUCAUGAAAUGGGAUUUAUUCCCAGGUAAGCAGGUGGCGCUCUGGUCUAAACCACACAGCCUAGGGCUUGCCGUCAGGUCGGCCAUUCAAAUCCCCGCGAUGGGGUGAGCUCCCGUUGCUCGGUCCCAGCUCCUGCCCACCUAGCAGUCUGAAAGCACGUCAAAGUGCAAGUAGAUAAAUAGGUACCGCUCUGGCAGGAAGGUAAAACGACUUUUUCGUGCGUUGCUCUGCUUUCGCCAGAAGCGGCUUAGUCAUGCUGGCCACAUGACCCAGAAGCUGUCUGCGGACAAAUGCCGGUUCCCUUGGCCAUUAAAGCGAGGUGAGCACCGCAACCCCAGAGUCAUCUGCGACUGGACUUAACGGUCAGGGUCCCUUUACCUUUACCUUUAAGUGUGCAUAGCACUGCAACAUUAGAUUUUUCUCGUCAGUCUAGAUGAUGACAUCAUCUUUCUCCAACUCUGAGAGGACAAGAACAGAAACAAAGUAAUGCUAACAGGCAUUUUGGGGUGGCUUAAUGUUAAAAAAAUUAUCAGUGCCAAGAUUAAUCUACCAACUACGCCCAGGCUGAAUCAUAUGCCAGGACACGGUGACUAAUUAGUUGCACAUGCUCUGUGGGGACAAGUUGUUCAGCAACAAAAGCAUGCCAGUAUGACAAAAAUUCCUGCUGUUCUGUGAAGUUCCAGGGAAAUUUUUUUUGGCCACAAAAUAUUUUGUAUAUAUAUAUUUUAAAGUGUGCUGCUUUAAGACAUUUUAUAACACUUUUGGAGUAGAAACAAAACAUGGUUUUUUAAUUUUAAAAAUCACAUUUUUCAUAUAAAAUCACAUAAAUGAAAACAAAACCAACAGAUCCAUCAAUAUGAACAAAGGACAUCCACAACUCAACCAGUCACAAAAACCAAAUACAAGCUAAAACAGAAAUAUAUUAGAUACUUUUUUAAAAAACAGGGAGAGAAAAGCAAUUCCUGAAAACAACAUUCCACAAUGCAAGGAGUGUAGCAGUAAAUGUCCCUUUCUUGGCUGCAUAUCUUCUAAUCUCUUGCAGAGAGGACAAGUCAACUGAUGAGAAGCGAGUCCCUGACACAGAGCAAGCUAGUUCCUCAAAUACUUCGGUCCUGAGCAGUGAAAGGCUGUAUAGGUCCAAAACGCCCCCUUGAAUUCCCAUCCACAAAUCAAUGUUGUGUGCUGACGAGCCUUUGGAAACCACCAGACACGAUGGAUUACCCUUCACACUCUUUGAUUCUAAAACAAUCUGUUUCUCUCUCUAGGUGUACCCACUGCCCUCCUUGUGCUUGCCCUCAUCUUCUUCACAGCAACAGUUGUUUUAGCAGUCUGCUAUGUCAAAAAGUAAGGGUACUUUUUUGUUUUAUUUGCUACAAUAAAUAUCCAUAUGCAUCUUUAUACAUCGGCUGCCUUGACAUGUGCACAUUCAACAUGUUGACCAAGGAAGUGAGCCUUGGACUCUGCAGGUAGAAUGCUUUGUGCAAGUCAGCCUCUAACCCUGUACCUUUAUUGGCAUGUAUAUUCUUUUAUGCAGUAGAAACAUAAUACAGGUGAAGCACAUUUGCAUAUGAAUGUACGCUCAAAGGCAUGUGUUCAUAUACAGUGUUCUGCACAUGGAAGGGAAGUGCAUUUACAUAAUCUGCAUGUUACGGUCUCUUCAUGGAUGUAGCGGGGGGGCAGGGGGGCAGCUGCCCCCAGAUCAAGUAAAACAAUAGAAAUAUUUAACUAACUGACCAAUCACGUCAGUCCUGCUCCCCCCCCACAAAAGUCCUGCCCCUCCUAACAAAAAUCCUGGCUACGCCCAUGUGUCUCUUGACCACUAGAUCUGUGACCCUCUGUGGAACAGCAGCUCAUAAAAGAACCUAGCACUAGUGCUCUGAUCUGGUCCUGGGAUUUUACCUAAAUACACCCCUCAAUUCUAUUGGGGGAUAAACACAUGAAUUGGGAACUGCUGUGCUGCACAGAGGCAUUUAUGUGGCUUUGGUGAGUUUAAAGCUAACUAUACAGCAUCCUAAGGGUUAUUUGAGUUGUCCUUGUACCUUCUCAAGAAUAUGUUCAUUGCCUGCUUCAAUUCUUUGAGUGGCAAGAUGUUCCAGACAUAGUGCAAGUGCUUAGUUUCCUUUGGAGAAGGAAGCAUUGGAGACUUAUGGUUACUCGUCCAAUUUCCUAACUUGUUCCAAAUUUUGUUUAAAGAUACAAGAAAACAUUUCCAUUUUCCAACAAGGAGGAGAAAAAGGUAGAAAUUGAAACCAAGAACAUCAAAGAAACAAAGACAAGCGUCAAAACCCCAGAGCAGGAACCCAAGGGAAACGGGAAAAACACAGAAGAAUCUCAAGCCAAGCCUGAACCACGGGUAAAAUGUUUGGAAGCAGAAGUUUAAGAAAUGGCAUCCAAAUGGACAUAUCUUAGAUGAACAAAUGACAGAUAUUAGCAAAUUGUUUAUAAAUGGAUGGUUGUAAAUACUGCCAAAGUCAAUAUUUUUGUCUCUCUAUGCAAUUUGUACUUCAUGCAUAUCAGCUAUACCAUGUCAUUACAAAAAUAUGCCUAGUUCAUUACAGAAUUCCAUAAAUGGAAGGGUUAAUGUGGAGAGGAGAGAAAAGAUCUGAUUCACAUGGGAAAUGUGGCACAAGCUUUGUAACCAUGAAAUGUUGUAUCCAACUUUUCAGAUAAAAUUGUACUAAACACUUCCCUAUAGGAAUCACUUUAAGCAGGCAGUCUUCUCUCUCUCCCUCUCUCUCUCUCCCUCUCUCUCUCUAUUUAAACCAAAGACAAUUAUAACAGAGCAAUCAUCUGCAUGACAUUCUGAGGCAUGUUCCAUCCUCUUCUAUAGAGUUUUCUCUGCAGCAACUGUGUUUAGGAUUAAAGCAUAAUAUAUCACUCCAAAAAAAUAUGUUGCCAUUGUCACAUUCAUUAUCAUACUACGGUAUACCAUUUUAUUUAUUAAGAUUGCUCUGAAAAGACAAUAUAAUUAUUUCUAUACAACUUCCAGGGGGAUAUAUUUGGAUACAAUCUUUUGAAACAACACGAUUGGUUUCUAAUUGUUAUGGAAGGUUUUUCCAUCUUAAUAAAAAAAUUUGCAGAAAUCAUUUUUGUAAUGUUAUAUGGAGAUCAUCUACAAUCCAAAAAAACAUACAAAAUUGGCUUGUCUUGCCAUUAGUUAAACUCAAAGUGUAUAUGUCAGACCAUAGUAAAUUGUUUAAUGAUGGCAUUUCGAACAAACCAUUGAUACUUAUAGGAGUCUAACUAUAUUUACACCAAAGUAAGUAAGUAAAUGGGGUCACAAAGAGUCGGACACGACUAAACGACUAAACAACAAGAAGUAAGUAAAUCCAAGAAGGUUCAGUGGGACUACCUAGUAAAUUUUACUUCUCAAGAUGGGCAAUGCAUAUUGAAUUGAUUUUGGAUGUGGGCUGGAAUUACACAUAGGAAAGAAAUUGGCAAGUAAACACAAUGGAUAAGAUCCAAGUUCCACUUCAUUUCCCACUACAGAGCUAUGUUUUUAGCAUCCUGAAUAACUGUUACACAACACUUUUGCCAAGCCUGAAUCAGUAGUCAAAGUUCAAUGAACAACACAGUUCUUAACAUAACAAAGCAUCACUGAAGCACACAUGUCCACCUAAAAGACAAAUAAAUUAUCUGUUGAAAUCUGAUUUACUCUACCUCUUGGAAAUGAACCCAUUCAAUAGAAACUGACAAGCUGCCAUUCUUCAAUAACAUAUGUAGGAUUCCCACACUUGAUCUCCAGAUGUUUGUUGACCUUUAUGGAAAGGGGGAGACUUGACUAUGUACUUCCUGCAGGAAAUAUGCAAGAUACGAAAAUAUUAAACCAGAUUUUGUUGC